UCCCUACCCCCAAGGUUUUGAACAAACCUUUGUCAUUUCCAGUAUAGUUCCUGACAUCAUGACGGCUCUUUUGAUUUUGUUUAUUUUAAUGAAUCUGGACAAAGGAUACUGCACAGAAACACGAGACCAAGUUCUAUCAAUCACCCCAAAAACCCAGGAGCAGGUGGACAUCUUGAAGAAUGUGUCCACUCAAUAUGAAACAGCCUUAUGGCAGCCUGUUUCACAUCAUUACAUCACGGAAGAGACACAAGUCCACCUGUUUGUUCCUGCAAAUAGCUCAGAGACCGUCCAGGAUGUGCUACAGAAACACAGCAUGACUCAUGAGGUUUUGCUGGACAACGCCAAUGAGUUGAUUGAGAUGCAGACGAAAAACGACUCCACAGACCCACGGAGCAGCUCAACUUUCUACGAGCGAUAUCACAGUCUGGAGGAUAUCUAUUAUUGGAUAAACAGGACCACACAGGACAACCCCGGCACGGUCAAAGCCAUUCUCAUUGGCUCCUCAUAUGAAAAGCGACCACUGUAUGUUCUAAAGUUGUCUCUAAAUAACAGACCAAAUAAGAAAGCAAUAUGGAUUGACUGUGGGAUCCACGCCAGGGAGUGGAUUUCUCCUGCUUUCUGCUUAUGGUUUGUACAAUACUCUUUGUCAUUUUACAAGCAAAACCAAGAUAUUACUAACAUACUGGACAACAUGGAUGUCUACGUCCUGCCUGUUAUGAACCCUGAUGGGUACAAGUUCACGUGGACAACAAACAGGAUGUGGAGGAAGAACCGCUCCGGCAGCAGGAGCAGCACUUGCAUUGGAGUCGACCUCAACAGAAACUUUGAUGCCAACUGGUGCACGGAGGGAGCCUCUUGUGAGCCCUGCUCUGAGAUCUACUGUGGUGCGUUCCCCGAGUCGGAGCCAGAGUCACAGGCCGUGGCCGACUUCCUACGUAGGAACAAGAACUCGGUUCAGCUCUACCUCACCAUCCACUCCUACUCUCAGAUGCUGCUCUUCCCAUACUCCUGCUCUUUGGAUGAAGCAGAGAACCACAAUGACCUGCUUGAGAUGGUCCAAGAAGCUGCCCAGAGAAUCCGAAGAUAUUAUAGGAACACCUAUAAAUAUGGUGCUGGAGCAAAGACAAUAUACCUGGCUCCCGGUGGUUCUGAUGACUGGGCAUAUAACCUUGGCAUCAAAUACGCCUUCACAUUUGAGCUCCAGGACCGCGGGCGUUAUGGGUUCCUCCUGCCGCCAUCUUUAAUUUCCAGGGCCUGCAAUGAAGCUCUGCUUGCUGUGAAGACCAUUGCUCUCAAGGUUAUAGAGAAAACGCAAGCUCCAACACGUUCUCCUCGAACUGCCUAAGCAGUCACACCUGCAGUAAAAGGUUGAGGGUUCAAGAUUUUGAGCCAUUUUUGUGAAUGAAGCCUAUACAGUUUUUGUAGUAUAGGCCCUAUCCUGUAAAGAUCAGCGAGCCUGUAAGAGCUACAAUCACAGUACACAGUGUUAGGAAUAUUCUGACUGUUAUUCAUGGUGUUUUUUUGCUAUAAGGAGAUAUUUUUGUAGCAUUCCUCUAAUAUAUAUAUUAUGAGAUUCUUUGCAAGAGUGUUUGCAUAUACCAUGAACAUAUGCAUAUAAAUGGAGCAGAGAAUUGGCUGCAUUUUAUUCAUCAAGAAGAAAUUGUGGAUAUAAAAACUGUAAAACAAAAAAAGAAUAAACUGAUUGAAAUUA